UAGCGUCAUUAGUGACGGAAGAAAAAAACCCAUACGUUUUCAAUUCCCCAAAAGAUAGAUAGUCAACUCAAGUCAAAUCCGAAGCUUGAAUGAUUGGAUCUCAAUUCUAUGUAACCGUUUGCCCCUUUCCUUAAACACUUCUCUUUGGUUUUAACCUCAUGGGUGUCUUUGAAUCCCUCAAAGACAACUGCUUUUCCUUCACUUCGUUGAAAUCUAUAUACCCUUUUGUCGAAUUUGUUUAAAGUUUGUGUCUUGUUCUUGUUGGGUCUACUAAUCUACUUGAGUGAGUUAGUUUGGGGUGGUUCUUUUUGAAGAAGAUGCAACUUGAUUUGGAAUCCUUGUCAGAAGCUACUUCUGGUGCCAUUGGAUCCCUCGUUAGCACCACUGUGUUGUAUCCACUUGAUACAUGCAAGACCAAGUAUCAAGCUGAAGUUCAAGCUAAGCAGAACCGAAAAUAUAGGAGAAUUUCUGAUGUUUUGUGGGAAGCAAUUUCUACACGCCAGGUUCUUUCAUUGUACCAAGGCCUUGGUACGAAAAAUGUGCAGUCCUUCGUUUCCUCGUUUAUUUAUUUCUAUGGAUACAGCUACUUUAAGAAGCUAUAUUUGAAGAAAACUGGAAAUAAGAACAUUGGAACAGUAGCAAACUUGCUUGUUGCUACUGCUGCUGGCGUCUCUACAAUAGUCAUAACACAGCCUCUAGAUACAGCAUCCUCGAGGAUGCAAACAAGUGAGUUUGGAAAAUCUAAGGGAUUUUGGAAGACUCUUUCUGAGGGUACAUGGGGUGAGGCAUAUGAUGGUCUUGCCAUAUCUAUUCUUUUAACAACAAAUCCAUCUAUUCAGUAUACUGCAUUUGAUCAGCUGAAACAGAGAAUACUAAAGGGCAAGAUGAGCAAGAAAACAGGUACAACAAAGUCAUCCCCGGAAGCACUGUCUGCAUUUUCCGCUUUCGUGCUGGGAGCAGUUUCAAAAUGUGCUGCUACAUGCUUGACAUACCCAGCUAUUAGGUGUAAGGUCAUGAUUCAAGCUGCAGAUUCGGAUGAUGAUAAGAGGACACCAGCCGAGAGGAAGGCACAGAAAACAAUCUCGGGAGCACUAUAUACGAUUUGGAGAAGAGAAGGCCUUUUGGGUUUCUUCAAUGGAUUGCAGGCACAGAUACUAAAAACUGUUCUCAGCUCUGCAUUGCUUCUGAUGGUAAAGGAGAAGAUCACAAAGUCCACAUGGAUUCUGAUGCUCAUGUUAAGAAGAUUUCUGUCUGUCAAUUCCCCCAAAUUGAAGGUAGCUUGAAUUUGUGAUGAGUAUAUUUUUAACAAUUCCUCAUCCAAGAAUAUAAUUAAUAUGCAAGAAAUAUUAGUGUUGCUUGUGGUUAAGAUUGUUUCUGAAGAAGAAAUAUGAAAAAUGAAAUUUCAUAUUGAGUGUUGCUGUUA